GCCGCUGCUUCCUGCGCCGGUGGACCCGGAUACGUCGAGCGGCUGCGGCGCGCUCGAGCCUGCGGGCUGUCCGGACGCGGCGGAGCGGAGCUCGAGGUGUAGGGUGACCUGAACGGCGACAGCGGGGGGAAUAUUACAUUGGAUAGAAAAGGGAGGUGAUAAUGCACCAUGGCAGUGGUUCUCAGAAUGUCCAGCAUCAGCUACAGAGGUCUAGGUCUUUCACUGGGAGUGAAGAGGAGCAGCCAGCCCAUCCUAACUUAUCCCCAUCGCCUGCAGCGCCUUUCGCUCCAUCAGCCAGCCCAUCUGCGCCCCAAUCCCCUGGGUACCAGAUUCAGCAGCUUAUGAGCAGAAGUCCUGUGGCUGGGCAAAAUGUGAACAUCACACUACAGAAUGUUGGCUCUGUUGUAGGAGGGAACCAGCAGAUUACACUGGCCCCUCUGCCACUGCCCAACCCCACCUCGCCAGGUUUUCAGUUUGGUGCACAGCAGAGGCGCUUUGAGCAUGGGUCUCCAUCAUACAUUCAAGUUACUUCUCCCCUGUCACAGCAGGUCCAGACUCAGAGCCCCACACAGCCUAGCCCUGGGCCAGGGCAAGCCCUGCAGAAUGUUCGUGCAGGUGCCCCAGGCCCUGGACUGGGCAUUUGCAACAGCAGCCCCACUGGAGGCUUUGUGGAUGCCAGUGUGCUUGUGAGGCAGAUCAGCUUGAGCCCCUCAAGUGGUGGUCACUUUGUAUUUCAGGAGGCACCAGGCUUGACCCAGAUGACCCAGGGAGCCCAGGUUCAACUCCAGCAUUCAGGAGCUCCCAUCACUGUCCGAGAACGGAGACUCUCACAACCUCAUGCACAGUCAGGAGGCACCAUUCACCAUCUGGGGCCUCAGAGCCCUGCAGCUGCAGGAGGCACUGGGUUGCAACCUCUUUCCAGCCCGAACCACAUCACCACGGCCAGCCUGCCACCCCAGAUCAGCAGCAUUAUUCAGGGCCAGUUGAUACAGCAACAGCAGCAGGUGCUUCAGGGGCAGCCACUGAACAGAUCUCUGGGGUUUGAAAGGACACCAGGUGUGCUGCUCCCUAGUGUUGGGGGGCCUUCAGCAUUUGGGAUGACAUCCCCACCGCCGCCAACCAGCCCAUCCAGAACCACCAUGCCUCCAGGCCUUUCCAGUGUGCCUCUCACGUCUAUGGGAAGCUCAGGAAUGAAGAAGGCUCCCAAGAAGUUGGAGGAGAUCCCUCCAGCCUCCCAGGAGAUGGCACAAAUGAGAAAGCAGUGCCUGGACUACCACUACAAGGAGAUGGAGGCACUUAAGGAGAUCUUCAAGGAGUACUUAAUUGAACUGUUCUUCUUGCAACAUCUUCAGGGCAACAUGAUGGAUUUCUUGGCUUUUAAAAAGAAGCAUUAUGCCCCUUUACAAGCAUAUCUUAGGCAGAAUGAUUUGGAUAUUGAAGAGGAAGAGGAAGAGGAGGAAGAGGAAGAGAAAUCUGAAGUUAUCAAUGAUGAGGUAAAGGUUGUGACAGGCAAGGAUGGGCAGACUGGGACUCCUGUUGCUAUAGCAACCCAGCUUCCGCCAAAUGUUUCUGCUGCUUUUUCAUCCCAGCAGCAACUGUUUCAGCACCAAGCUCUGACUGGGAGUCUCGUGGUGGGGGCUGGCAGUGCCACAGAAGCCGACCCCUUUAAGAGGCAGCAGGUGAUGCCAUCUACAGAGCAGUCUAAGAGACCUCGUCUUGAAGUGGGUCAUCCAGGGGUAGUUUUCCAGCAUCCAGGGGUGAAUGCAGGAGUCCCUCUGCAGCAGUUAAUGCCGACAGUCCAAGGAGGGAUGCCCCCAACUCCUCAGGCUACACAACUCACUGGACAGAAGCAGAGCCAACAGCAGUAUGACCCUUCCACAGGGCCUCCUGUGCAGAAUGCCGCCAGUUUGCACACCCCACCACCACAGCUCCCUGCAAGGCUGCCCCCAGCCACUGUCCCAGCCACAGCUCUCUCUUCCACCUUACAGUUUUCACAGCAGUCACAGAUGGUGGAAACUCCAACUCAGCUCCAAAUCUCAGUGAAGACUCCACAGCUGAAUGCCCCCAUCCCUGCCCCCCUGCCUAGCCAGCUUGCUGCUCCUUCUCCACAGCCUGCCCAGCCGACCCUCCAUGUUCCGAUGACCGGGAAGGCACAGAUGCAGACCUCUCAGCUUUCUUCCCAGACCCAGACAGUGGCAUCGACCAGGCCCUCCCUGGACUCUGCCCAGCCCUGCCAGCGGUCUCUGCCCACUUCCUCCUCUUCCUCAUCCCUUGUACCUGUGAGUGGCUCAGGCCCUGGACCCUCGUCUGCUCGUUCUUCACCAGUGAACAGACCCUCUACUGCUACCAGCAAGGCUCUGUCUCCCAUCACUUCCCGGUCUCCAGGGGCAGCAGUGUCAGCUCCCCACAAGCCACAGAGUCCUGCUCAGAAUGCAACCUCAUCCCAGGAUGGUUCUCAGGAUAAGCUGGCCGAACAGAUAACACUGGAAAACCAGAUCCAUCAGCGAAUAGCAGAUUUAAGGAAGGAAGGCUUGUGGUCCCUAAGGCGGCUGCCAAAGCUUCAAGAAGCUCCACGCCCUAAAUCUCAUUGGGACUACCUGCUGGAAGAGAUGCAGUGGAUGGCCACAGACUUUGCCCAGGAGCGGAGGUGGAAGUUGGCUGCUGCUAAGAAGCUUGUCAGAACUGUAGCCCGUCAUCACGAGGAAAAGAAACUUGGCGAGGAAAGAGGGCAGAAGGAAGAGCAGAGCAGGCUGAGACGCAUCGCUGCCACCACUGCCCGUGAAAUAGAAUGUUUUUGGUCAAACAUUGAACAGGUUGUAGAAAUAAAACUACAAGUAGAAUUAGAAGAGAAAAGGAAAAAGGCCUUAAAUUUACAGAAAGUUUCCAGAAGAGGGAAAGAGUCCAGAUUAAAGAUAUUUGAUACAUCACCAGAACAUGCUCUGGAUCUAGGACUAUCUGGAAGGAAAAGAAAAGCUAGCACAUCUUUGACUGAUGAUGAAGUGGAAGAUGAAGAAGAGACCAUUGAAGAGGAGGAAGCACAGGAAGGGCUAGUUGACCACCACACAGAACUUUGUCAUCUGGCCAAAGAAGCUGAAUUGCCCUUAAUUGAUUUGAUGAAAUUGUAUGAAGGUGCCUUUUUGCCAAAUUUUCAGUGGCCGCAACCUGAACCUGAUCAUGAGGAGUCAAGCGGGGAAGAGGAUGUGGAAGACUGUCCUGGUGACAGGGAGAGCCGGAGGGAUUCAGUUCUCAUUGACUCACUCUUCAUCAUGGAUCAGUUUAAAGCUGCAGAGAGAAUGAGCAUUGGAAAAUCUAACACCAAGGACAUCACAGAAGUUACUGCUGUGGCGGAAGCUGUCCUCCCUAAGGGCAGUGCCCGGGUCACAACUGCGGUGAAGUUUAGUGCUCCAUCUUUGCUGUAUGGUGCUCUCCGAGACUAUCAGAAGAUAGGACUUGACUGGUUGGCCAAGCUAUACCGGAAGAAUCUCAAUGGCAUAUUAGCUGAUGAAGCUGGGCUCGGGAAAACUGUGCAGAUCAUUGCUUUCUUUGCUCACCUUGCCUGUAAUGAAGGUAAUUGGGGCCCUCAUCUUGUUGUCAUGAGGAGUUGUAACAUACUCAAGUGGGAACUUGAGUUGAAACGCUGGUGUCCUGGCCUCAAAACUCUUUCUUAUGUUGGCAGCCACAGAGAACUCAAAGCAAAGAGACAGGAGUGGACUGAGCCCAACAGCUUCCACAUCUGCAUCACGUCCUAUAAGCAGUUCUUCAGGGGCUACACUGCUUUCUCAAGGGUGCACUGGAAAUGCCUUGUCAUUGAUGAAAUGCAGCGGGUGAAGGGCAUGACUGAGCGGCACUGGGAAGCCAUCUUCAAGCUGCAGAGCCAGCAGCGCCUGCUUCUGAUCGACGUGCCUCUGCAUAACACUUUCCUGGAGCUCUGGACCAUGGUACACUUUCUCAUUCCUGGAAUCUCCAGGCCUUACCUGAGCUUCCCCCUGAAAGCUCCCAAUGAGGAAAACCAGGAUUACUAUCACAAAAUGGUCAUAAGAUUACACAGGGUCACACAGCCAUUUAUUUUGAGGAGAACAAAGAGAGAUGUGGAGAAACAGCUGACCAGGAAGUAUGAGCAUGUUCUGAAGUGCCGCCUUUCCAGUCGGCAGAAGGCCUUAUAUGAGGAUGUCAUCCUACAGCCUAGGACCCAGGAAGCUCUGAAGAGUGGACACUUUGUCAGUGUCUUGAGUGUUUUGACACGGCUACAGCGGAUCUGUAACCAUCCUGGGCUGGUAGAGCCACGGGUACCAGGCUCCUCCUAUGCAGCAGGCUCUCUGCAGUAUCGGUCAGCCUCUCUAAUUCUCAGAGUUCUGGAGAGAGAGUUCUGGAAGGAAACCGAUCUUUCUAUAUUUGAUCUCAUUGGGCUAGAAAAUAAAAUUGCUCGCUAUGAGGCUGAAUUACUGUGUAAGAAAAAGGUGACUCGAAAACUCAUGGAGGAAGUCUUUGCUUCACCACCUCCGACAGCCCGGCCAGCAGCCAUGAAGCUCAAGGCCAGCAGGUUAUUUCAGCCUGUGCAGUAUGGCCAGAAGCCCGAGGGUCGUACCGUGGCAUUCCCCAGCACACAUCCACCUCGGAUGGCAACCGCCAAUGCAGCCACUGCUGCCCCACAGGGCCAGGUUCGAGGACGGCCACCGAUUGCUACUUUUUCUGCCAACCCAGAUGCAAAAGCAGCAGCAGCCCCGUUUCAGAACUCUCAGGCUUCCGUCGGUGCGCCUCGACACCAACCCACCUCGACCUCCAGCACAGCAACAGGCCCAGCCCAUCCUUCGAAACUGCGGGCUCAGACCGCUGUCCAGGCCUCCACCCCAGGCCCACCCCUGCCCCCGCCCCAGGCCCCCUCGCUGGUGGCCGGGCAGAGUGCACCGCCCCAGCGGCUGGUGCUUACCUCGCAGGCACAGGCCCGCUUGCCCAGUGGGGAAGUAGUGAAAAUAGCUCAACUGGCAUCCAUUGCAGGGCCACAGAGCCGUGUUGCCCAGCCAGAGACACCUGUGACACUGCAGUUUCAGGGGAACAAGUUUACCUUGUCACAUAGCCAAUUGCGGCAGCUAACAGCAGGCCAGCCUCUACAGUUACAAGGUAGUGUACUCCAGAUCGUGUCAGCCCCUGGGCAACCCUAUCUGCGAGCCCCUGGCCCUGUGGUGAUGCAGACCGUGUCUCAGGCAGGCGCUGUGCAUGGCGCCCUGGGAAGCAAGCCCCCAACCAGUGGCCCUACCCCCGCGCCCUUGACCCCACAAGUUGGUGUUCCGGGUCGAGUAGCAGUGAGCGCUAUGACUGUUGGAGAACCUGGGCUGGCUUCCAAACCAGCUUCUCCUGCUGCAGGGCCCACCCAGGAGGAAAAAAGCAGACUUUUGAAGGAACGCUUGGAUCACAUGCAUUUUGUCAAUGAGCGGCGCUGUUCCCAAGCUCCAGUGUAUGGCAGAGACUUGCUGAGGAUUUGUUCCCUGCCUGCUAGAAGGAAGAGGCUUUUGUGCUGGUCUUUAGAUAGCAACCUUGGGACAGGUGCCAGAGUAGCAAACUGUUACAUGUCACCCUCAAAAAGUAAAGGUGAUCUGGUUGUGAUAUUGGAUCAAUGUCAAGAAUCUCUUCAAGAUGUUCUUGACAGGGUAGCCUGUGUGAUUCCUCCAGUAGUGGCUACGCCACCCUCCCUGUGGGUGGCGAGGCCACCGUCACUGUAUAGCAGCAGGUUGCGAGCUCUGAGGCAGUGCCUGAGAGAACAUACCCGCCCCUACCACCGGCAGCUGCAGCAGCUGACAGCACUGCGCUCAUUGCAGUUCCCAGAGCUGAGGCUGGUACAGUUCGACUCAGGGAAGUUAGAAGCUUUAGCAAUCCUGCUACAGAAACUGAAAUCUGAAGGACGUCGAGUAUUAAUUUUAUCUCAGAUGGUUCUUAUGCUGGACAUUUUAGAGAUGUUCUUGAACUUCCAUUAUCUCACCUAUGUACGGAUUGAUGAAAAUGCCAACAGUGAACAACGGCAGGAGCUGAUGAGGAGUUUCAACAGAGACAGGCGGAUUUUCUGUGCCCUUCUCUCUACCCAUAGCCGUGCCACUGGCAUAAAUCUUGUGGAGGCUGACACCGUGGUGUUUUAUGACAAUGACCUAAAUCCAGUUAUGGAUGCCAAGGCCCAGGAAUGGUGUGAUAGAAUUGGGAGGUGCAAGGACAUCCAUAUAUACAGGCUUGUCAGUGGCAAUUCUAUUGAAGAGAAAUUGUUGAAAAAUGGAACUAAAGAUUUGAUCCGUGAAGUGGCUGCUCAGGGAAAUGACUACUCCAUGGCAUUCUUAACGCAGCGAACUAUCCAGGAGCUGUUUGAAGUUUACUCGCCCAUGGAUGAUGCUGGUUUUCCUGUGAAAGCUGAAGAAUUUGUGGUGCUUUCUCAGGAACCAUCUGUCAGUGAAACCAUUGCACCCAAGAUUGCAAGACCUUUCAUAGAGGCCCUCAAGAGUAUUGAGUAUCUGGAGGAAGACACCCAGAGGUCUACAGAGGAAGCCAUGCCUGGAUCCAGCACUGUAGUUGUGCCCUCAGACUCAGACGGCUCUAGAUAUGAUGAGGAGCCAUCCCAGCUGGAGGAGCUGGCUGAUUUUAUGGAACAGCUUACACCAAUUGAAAAAUAUGCAUUGAAUUACUUGGAAUUGUUCCAUAUGACCAUUGAACAAGAAAAAGAGAGAAACAAUGAGCAGGAUUUGGUGAUGGCAUCAGUGAGGGACUGGGAAUUCCGCAAUGCUAGAGCCCUGCAGGAAAGGGAGGCCCAGUUGCAGCUUGAGCAGGAGGAGGCAGAGCUUCUCACCUACACUCGGGAAGACGCCUACAGCAUGGAAUAUGUCUAUGAAGAUGCUGAUGGACAGACAGAAGUCAUGCCGCUCUGGACACCACCCACACCUCCUCAGGAUGACAAUGACAUCUACAUUGACUCGGUUAUGUGUCUCAUGUAUGAGACCACACCCAUCCCAGAAGCUAAGCUGCCUCCUGUUUAUGUGAGGAAGGAGCGCAAGAGACACAAAACAGAUCCGUCAGCUGCAGGGAGGAAGAAGAAGCAGCGGCAUGGUGAGGCAGUUGUCCCGCCACGAUCCUUGUUUGACCGGGCGACACCAGGCAUGUUGAAAAUCCGACGUGAAGGCAAGGAGCAAAAGAAGAACCUGCUACUAAAACAGCAGGCACCUUUUGCCAAGCCUCUGCCUACCUAUGUCAAGUCCUCGGGGGAACCUGCCCAAGACAGUCCCGACUGGCUCAUUGGUGAAGACUGGGCCCUGCUACAGGCUGUAAAGCAAUUACUUGAGCUGCCCUUGAACCUCACGAUUGUGUCACCUGCUCACACUCCUAACUGGGACCUUGUCAGUGAUGUUGUCAACUCCUGCAGCCGAAUCUACCGGUCUUCCAAGCAGUGCCGGAAUCGUUAUGAGAAUGUCAUCAUUCCCAGAGAGGAAGGGAAGAGUAAGAACAACCGUCCACUCCGCACAAGCCAGAUUUAUGCCCAGGAUGAGAAUGCCACUCACACCCAGCUGUACACAAGCCACUUCGACCUGAUGAAAAUGACAGCUGGCAAGAGAAGCCCCCCCAUCAAGCCUCUGCUUGGAAUGAAUCCCUUUCAGAAAAACCCUAAGCAUGCCUCUGUGCUGGCAGAAAGUGGAAUCAACUAUGACAAACCACUGCCUCCUAUUCAAGUUGCAUCUCUCCGUGCAGAGCGAAUUGCAAAAGAGAAAAAGGCUUUGGCUGAUCAGCAGAAGGCACAGCAGCCACCUGUGACGCAGCCACCCCCUCCGCAGCAACAGCAGCAGCAACAGCAGCAGCAACAGCAGCAACAGCAGCAACAGCAGCAGCAGCAGCAGCAGCAGCAGCAGCAACAGCAGCAACAGCAGCAUCAGCAGCAGCAACCCCCACCACCUCCACAGCAGCCACCACCACCACUGCCACAGCCACAGGCAACAGGCAGCCAGCCACCAGCAGGACAGCCUGCUGUCCAGUCCCAGCCCCAGGUCCAGGCCCAGCCCCAGCCUGUGCAGACACAGUCAAAGGGGCAACCAACAAUGACAACUGUGGGAAGUGCUGCUGUAUUGGCAGGAACCAUUAAGACAUCAGUCACUGGAACAAGCAUCCCAACAGGCACUGUGAGUGGAAACGUGCUUGUGAACACAAUAGCGGGUGUUCCCGCUGCUACCUUCCAGUCCAUUAACAAGCGUUUGGCAUCACCUGUGGCUCCUGGAACUUUGACUACAUCCGGAGGUUCUGCUUCUGCUCAAGUGGUCCAUACCCAGCAACGAGCAGUUGGUUCCCCAGCUACUGCCACCACUGACCUGGUGUCCAUGACAACAACUCAGGGUGUUCGGGCAGUCACUUCCGUGACAGCCUCAGCUGUGGUCACUACCAACCUGACUCCAGUGCAGACCCCAACCCGGUCUUUAGUGACCCAAGUGUCCCAAGCCACAGGAGUUCAGCUUCCUGGAAAAACCAUCACUCCUGCUGCCCACUUCCAGCUUCUUAGGCAGCAACAGCAGCAGCAGCAGCAACAGCAGCAGCAACAGCAGCAGCAGCAGCAACAGCAGCAGCAGCAGACCUCCCAGGUUCAAGUUCCACAGCUCCAGGGCCAGGCCCAGUCUCCUGCACAGAUCAAAGCCGUGGGCAAGCUGGCACCGGAACAUAUCAUCAAGAUGCAGAAACAGAAGAUGCAGCUGCCACCACAGCCCCCACCACCGCAGGCCCAGCAAGGUCCCCCACAGCAGCCAGCACAAGUGCAAGUGCAGACACCACAGCCCCCACAGCAGCAACAGAGUCCUCAGCUUACCUCAGUCACAGCCCCACGGCCUGGAGCUUUGCUCACGGGCACCACUGUGGCCAACCUCCAGGUGGCCCGGCUUACCCGGGUCCCUACUUCUCAGCUGCAGGCACAAGGGCAGAUGCAAACUCAGACACCCCAGCCUGCUCAGGUGGCCUUGGCAAAGCCUCCAGUGGUAUCUGUCCCAGCAGCUGUGGUCUCCUCGCCGGGGGUCACGACCCUGCCUAUGAACGUUGCAGGGAUCAGCGUGGCAAUUGGACAGCCACAAAAAACAGCAGGGCAGACUGUCGUGGCCCAACCUGUACAUGUCCAACAAUUGCUGAAGCUCAAGCAGCAAGCAGUCCAGCAGCAGAAGGCCAUCCAGCCACAAGUUGCCCAGGGCCAGGCUGCCGUCCAGCAGAAGCUAACCACCCAACAGAUCACUGCUCAGGGCCCACAGCAGAAAGUCACCUAUGCUGCCCAGCCAGCCCUUAAAACCCAGUUUCUGACCACACCCAUCUCCCAGGCCCAGAAACUGGCUGGGACUCAGCAGGUGCAGACGCAAAUCCAGGUUGCAAAACUUCCUCAAGUUGUACAACAACAAACACCUGUGGCCAGCAUCCAGCAGGUUGCAUCAGCUUCUCAACAGGCUUCUCCACAGACAGUGACACUCACACAGGCAACAGCAGCAGGGCAACAGGUACAGAUGAUCCCAACGGUGACUGCCACAGCCCAAGUGGUGCAGCAGAAGCUCCUUCAGCAGCAGGUGGUCACUACAGCCUCUGCCUCACUGCAGACCCCUGGUGGUCCAGCCCCAGCACAGCUUCCAACCAGCUCUGACAGCCCAAGCCAGCAGCCCAAACUACAGAUGCGAGUCCCUGCUGUGAGGCUGAAGACACCCACCAAGCCUCCAUGCCAAUAGGAAGGAAACUGGUUGGUACUAUGGCAAGGCUGUCUUAUCUUAGUAGAAUGUUCUACUGUUUUUGGACUCCGGGAUCUGCUGGUACCUAGGUUGGCCAAAGUGAUUUGACUUUCUCCUGAGUGUGACUAACUGAAAAAGCGACAGUUGCAGUCUUUGAUGGUUUCACUGUGUGGGCAAUGUCCACAUCAGUCUUUUGAAAAGCCCUUUAGUUUCUUCUGUAGUGUACACUACUCAGUUAUGUGGUAGGGGCAGCAUGUCCUACAGCAGGGUCCAGCUCAUUGAAUGUUCAGGGAGAUGUAGGAGACAAGGGCAGACCAUCAGAUGCCCCCACCCCCACCCCUCUUUCCAGAGCUUUCACUCAAUAUGCCAGUGAGGUCCUAGCUUGCAUUUAUGAGCACCCAUCUUGCACCAGUGGGCAGUGGCUUUCCUUUGAAUGAGGCUCUGGGACUGACACCAUUUCUGUAUAGCCAAGUUUGUGUUUAUACACACUGUACUGAGAUCCUUUACAGUAUUCUUGUGAGAAGCUAGUGUGGGUUACAUGUAUAGGGCAGCCUGGUGCAGUUGAUACCCAGGUUCCCUUAUUGUUGUCCUGGUCUAGUCUGGAAGGCAUUGCUGUUGUGCCACCCCAGCAGCUCUUCAUGGAUUUAAACAGCUGUUGCAGUGACAGGCCUGCAAUUGAAGGAGAAAGGGUUGGAAUGAAAGUUCAGUCCUAAGUUCACUCUUCUUACCACUGUAAGGUGACUUGUAUGGCAUUCUUGGGCAUAACAGGCUGACUGUGCCUUCUUACCUGCCAGAGUCGAAGGCCCAUGUUCCACAUUAGUGCUGAAGCCUGGAAGUUAAGUCUGUGAGGUCUAUGCUGUCAGCACUGCAGCCUUGAAGACAGGAGUUGUAUUGUUCUUCCCUGUCAUGUCCAUCCCACUUUUUGUGUACUGUGUGGGCAAGAAUGUGACAAUACAUCCUGAAGCCCACCUAGAACUCACUUUUGAGCUCAUAAUGUGAAAUUUGGGAUAAAAGUAGCAAUUAGGUGUUGAAAAACCAGAAGAGGUUUAAUAUUUUCUGAACCACAAACCUGUCCUACAAGCAAAAACCCAUUGUUUUGGCUUAGUGUGUGCUGUGUUAGGGGAAGAAUAGCCCUUGGGAGGUUCCUGGGUAUCUGGCUCCCCAUAGUCCUCAGGCAGAACUGAGCUCAGUGGGGGUCCUUGGUCAAUGUUGCACUCACCUUUUUCUCCAUCCUUCCCACUGUUGUGGCAGCAUACUUCAGUGUGCCCAAGCCAGGUGGUUGGUGGGAGCAAGAGGCAGGGUCUUCAUUUUUGGCAGUUACUUUCAUCCAUUUUUCAACCAGAUAGCUGUUGUUUUCUUUUUUUUAAAAAAUGUAAUAAACAGGACUGAAAUUGUAAAUACUUUGUAAACACAAACAUUUGUAUUUGAAUAGGGUUUUGAUGUCCUACAAGCAGAGGCUAAUAAAAGUGACCUUUCUA